GCCCUUUUUCCGGAGAGAAUCUCCCCGAUUGGGCCCGUUGGUCAGUGUCAGGCUUUGGUUCCGGGAGCCUUUUCCGGCGGUGCGGUUACCCGGUGGCUGAAGGUGAUAGCAAUGGCUGUCCGCAGGGCUGCUCUGAAAGCAAUAGAUUGGGCGGCAUUUGCUGAACGAGUGUCAGCUGAUCAGAAAUCUAUGUUUAAUGCUUUUAAAUCCCGUAGUGAUGCUAUUGCAGCCAAGCUUGCAUCUUUGCCAGAGACACCACCAGCCAUUGACUGGUCUUUCUACAGAACUGCAGUUGCGAAUCCUAGCCUAGUGGAUGAAUUUGAAAAGAAGUUUAAGGCACUGCAGAUUCCUCAGCCUGUGGAUACUGAAACAUCUAGAGUGGAUGCACAAGAAAAAGAGACUGAUAAGCAAGCUGCUGACUUCAUACUGGCUUCUAAAAGCCGCAUUGUUAAAUAUGAGGAGGAGCUUCAGGAAUUGAGAAACAUGAUUCCUUUUGAAAAUAUGACUUACGAAGAUCUACCUGAAAAAUUCCGGGAUCCUACACUGAACCCAGAAAAAUAUCCUUACUGGCCGCACAAGCUUAUUUCUGACGUAUAAGCAGUGGCUGUUCAAAAGCAUUGUGCAACAUCAAUUCUUCUUCAGGAAUCUAUUAAAUAAAGUAAUUGCACCUGA